UCUGCGCCUGCGCAAUGCGCCGUCAGCCAAGAUGGCGGCGGUGGACUUCAGGCUGCCCGCGGUGAGGAAGCGUUUAGCGUCCAACUUGCCUCACAGCAGCGGCGGGGACCGGGAUUUGGUGGCCCCCGGGGAUACCAUCACCACGGACCCGGGAUACAUGCGGGGCCACGGAACCUACCUCGGGGAUGAGAAGCUGGUGGCUUCCGUGGCUGGAGUUGUCGAGAGGGUGAACAAACUGGUGUGUGUCAAAGCAUUAAAAGCCAGGUACAAUGGUGAAGUUGGAGACAUCGUGGUUGGGAGAAUUACAGAGGUUCAGCAGAAACGAUGGAAGGUGGAAACCAAUUCUAGACUAGAAUCUGUGCUGUUGCUGUCUUCCAUGAAUCUUCCAGGUGGAGAGUUGAGACGCCGAUCAGCAGAAGAUGAAUUAGCUAUGAGAGAUUUUCUCCAAGAAGGAGACCUUGUCAGCGCCGAAGUCCAAGCGGUGUUUUCUGACGGGGCAGUCUCAUUGCACACUCGAAGUCUCAAAUAUGGAAAGCUUGGUCAGGGGGUCCUGGUCCAGGUCUCCCCGUCCCUGGUGAAGCGUCAGAAAACUCACUUCCACGACUUGCCGUGCGGGGCCUCCAUCAUUCUUGGCAACAACGGCUUCAUCUGGAUUUACCCCACCCCUGAGCAGAAAGAAGACGAGGCUGGGGGCUUUGUGGCUAACCUGGAGCCGGUGCCCCUGCCUGACCGUGAGGUCAUCUCCCGCCUCCGAAAUUGUAUCGUGGCUCUGGUGUCCCAGAAGAUGACCUUGUACGACACGAGCAUCCUGUACUGCUACGAAGCUUCUCUCCCUCACCAGAUCAAAGACCUUCUCAAACCAGAAGUGGUGGAGGAGAUUGUGUUGGAGACACGUCAGAGGCUUCUGGAACUGGAAGGAUGAUGGCAGCAAAGGAGUGAACCUCUUAGAAAUUCCAGAGCUGAGAGGAAGCAGCAGCAGAAGAUGAGUGGUCCCCAACCUCAUUUCCAGCUUGGCGGCCAAGCGUGGGGGGAGGAGAGGGAAGGGCCAUGGCUCGGGCCUUGGGGACCCCUGUUGUAGACCACAAGGAGCUGUGGUCCUUUUGUCGGUCCAUCUUCUCCCUUUCUGUGAAUAACAUCAAAAGCUCAUAUAAGGAAGGAAGAGCAAGGAAGAACUCAUAUAAUUUUCAUCUUUCUUUUCCUCAAACAGCAUCUCUGUAAAUUCUGAGGUUUUUUUAUUCCUACUUUCUGGAACUUUGCUCCAGUAUUUGUCCCUAGCCUGAGAAAUGCUUGAUUUUGAAGUUUCGUAUCGGUUGAAAAUCCAUAAUUGCACAAGGAAGAGAUUUCUUUGGCACAAAACUGUUCAUUAGCAGAAACAAGAACCUGAUAUUAAAAAAAGGAACCACCCAUCUCCAAUCCCUGUGUAAUUUACAUCUCCUCUUUAAACUGUUUGUCUUAAUUAAAAAAAAAAAUGUUACAAGCUGCCUGAGUAAGUUGGGAAGCUAUAUAAACUUGUUGAAUAAAGAAAUAACAAUCUUUUAAA